AUGAUAUAUGAUCAACUAAGACCACUAAACACGACACGACAGUUGACCGUUCCACAACGCCUGCCGCCCGAAUAUAAGGCCAGUCUGAUAAUGUCACUUCCAGUGAACUGCUAUGAGUUCUUGCGCAGUUGCGGAAGGAUAGGUAGGAAUUUGACAGAUCAAACGGUGAUUAAUCCAAAUCAUGAAGAAGCUAAGUCAAUUCUGAAGCCGAUUUUUGAUCGGUUCACCAAAGCAUUCGAUGAGGAGGAUUUUGAGCAGGUAACUUCAUACUACGCUCCAAAUGCCGUUCUCGUUCAAAUCGGGAAAAAAGGAGUUUAUGGAAGAGAAGCAAUCAAAGAGGCCACUGUGGAAUACAGUAAACGUAUGGGAAGAACUAAAACGAAGGAUGCACUAAGCGCUGUUGUUUCAGAAGCGAAGGCCAUCCUCAAGCCAAUUUACGAUGAGUACAACAGGAUCCUGGAUAACGGGGAAUGUGAGAAGGGAAUUUCUGACCUUGCGGAACACAUUCAGGCAAUGAAGUACUACGAUCCUGACUGUGUGUUGAUACUCACCGGAAAAAGAUGUCUCUAUGGAAGGGAAGCAAUCAAGGAAGAACUUCUGGUAUUGCACAAAAUCAUGGGAAAAACAAUGACAACGAUCUCCAAUGAAAACUACCAAAUGAGUAACGACUACAUUAUUCUUCGAGCUGAGUAUGAAACUAGUGCCAAGAAAUUUGGAAUUUUUAAAGGAAAAUUCACUCAAAUUUGGCGAAAAUCCAACGACGGUUAUUCAAUCAUUUAUGACCUGUUUGAUCAUUUAUGA